AAACCUGUUGACUGGUGGGCGAUGGGCAUCAUUCUCUACGAAUUUCUUGUCGGUUGCGUUCCUUUUUAUGGCGGCACAAUCGAAGAAUUGUUCGCUCAUAUUAUCACGGACCCUAUCGAAUGGCCCGAAGAGGAAGAAUGGCGUAUACCCGAAGAAGCUAUUGAACUGAUUAGUCAGCUGUUAGAACGCGAUCCACUUCUCCGAUUGGGCACUCCUGGAGGGGCAGCCGAGGUCAAAGAGGCCACUUUUUUCACUAAGCCUCCUCCGGUUGAUUUUGCUAAUCUUCUUCGACAAAAGUCUAUGUUUGUGCCCAGUCUUGAGCAUGACGAGGAUACUUCAUUUUUUGAUCCUAGAACUGAUCGUUAUCAACAUGAUGUUGAUGAUGAUGAAGAUGUUGCUUGGCCACCACUUGUCUCACAACCUCAGUCACCUGCUUCAUGUCCACCUUCUACAGUAUUAUCGAGGUCUUUACGCGCUUCUUCCAAUAGCGUCUCAUUUACAUCACAGCCCGACAGGUAUUCUGGCUCAGGCCCCAUCUCUACGUCUAGCCCUUCUGGUGAUAACCUAAAAACACAACUUGAAGAGCCCAGAUUAUCUGAUCAUGGGCUGGAUGCUAAUAGUUCAGUUGGCUUCGGAAGUGCAAUUGGUCUAGGUAAUUACCGCCCCCUACACCGCGGCUCUACAGGCGCACUUUCAUUUACGUCAUCGCCAUCUUCACCUUCUGCAGCCACAGUAGCUGCCGCUGCCGCAGCUGCUGCUGCGUCAGUUGCAGCAGCGGCGUCCUCUCAGCCUGGCAGACGCCGCCCUGCUGCUAGCCGCCUCGGUCGGGAGCGCCGUGCUGUUACCGGUCUCGUCGGACGGACCAAGCAGAUGGUCACUGUUGAACGCCGCCUGCAGCAACAGCAGCGCCGCCAGCAUCAGCACCAGCAAAUUCAACGCCAUCAGCAAGCGGGUGAAGUAAAUGGUGGCCAGCUGGCUUCAAGUGCUUCUGAGUCUGUCGAUAUUCAACGAAGACGCAGAUGUCUUAGUAUGGGCGAUACUCCUUUCUGUAACCGCCUGCUCCGUGCUAGUAGUAUUCAAGUUUCCUCAUGUUGUCGGCGGACCGAUUGGCAAUCGGAUGCUUCUGGAGUAUCUGAUUCAGAGGCUUUAUCUGAAAGGCUUACGGCAAAUUCUGCUUCAAUCCGUCAAUUGGAUGCUGAUGGUGAUAUGAGUUCGGCACCUGUCUAUUCUGCCAUUUCUUCCACAUUUGGUGGUACAAACGAAGAUUGCGAGGGUAUGGUUGGCCCGCCUGCGUCUAUGACUUUGGUUUCCCAUAGCUCCGCAUCUUGUACCCUGCCUCCGGUGCGCACUUCGGCAGAACUAGAUCCAGGAGCUACAUUAACGGCUGACUCACCGACGGCUCGGUCUGUGGCUCGGCAGGCUAGACAGCUUGCACAAGCCACCUGUCUCAAAGACCUGGGCUUUAACGAUCCAUCUAAUGAUCAGGUCGGAUUUUCAAGCCAGCAUACAGCGUCUAUGAUCGAUAGAAUCGAGGAAGAGAGGAGUAUGAGAUUAAUGGCCAAGCCACAAACAUCUGAUGUUGACCUAGAUCUCGGGGUAGAGUAUACACCGGAUAUAGAGGCAUUUUAUAGAAAAGGGCAUUUGGAAAGACGGUCCAGUGAAGAUUGGUCUAGUGUGGCAAAUGACACUCAUGAGCUUGAUGAUAAUGCAGAAGACGAUGCAAUUGGAGAGGAGGUUGGGGAAGAUGAGGAAGAAGAAGUUAAGACUCAGAAUGUCUUUCAUUCUUUUGCCUCUUAUUCGCCUCGGUUCUCUUUUGUUUUUGAGCAAUCGCGUCUUGGUGAUAGCCUUCGUAAGGAUUUGGCUUGCUCCUCACUCGACGGUUUGGCCUUUCAGUCUGCCGAACAAGGUCACCCUACUCUUAUUAAUUUGGUUUCGGAUCCUCAAUCAAUACCUGUGCAGAACUACACACAUUCUCAUUCAUGCGUAUUACCAGAACCCUCUUCUCCAACACAAGCUACAUCGGCUGAUCUUCAUCUACAAAAGUCUAUCUCUCAAACCCCGGAUAAAAUGCAGAUAAGGCAGUUGCAAUUUCAACCCUUUGUUCCAGAUAAAAUUCAUCAGGUCGGUCUUGCUUCAAGCUUCCCAUCCCGUUCUCCAGUUCAUCCUCCGGCUUUAUUUACUCAAAUCACUCCAUUACCAUUAGUAGCCACAUCUACCUUGGACUUUGCUUCACCUGCUAUAACUUCACCUCUGUUGUUUCACUCGACGCCGUCACCACCAUCUAUUGACUCACGGCCUUAUAAUGUCCAGAUCUUCUCUGAUUGCCAAGGUUCUCUUGAACAACCGUCUUCUGUUACUACUGGUAACGCAGUCCAGACAAACACAGAUUUGGAGAAUUCAAUGAUACAACUCUUGAAUAAGAUUAAACCAGUCACUUUAUUGAAUGAUACAGAUACCGAACACCUCAAAGUUUAUAAUGAGCAGGUGCUCCUGAAAGAUAACCAAUCACAUAAAUCAUUAGUUCAAGAAGAAAAAGUGGAUUGUCCGCCACACUCAUUAUCUUCAGGAACUCGCCUCUUUAGGACAGAAUCGUCUGCAGAAUGGGACUUAUUGCAUCCUACAAACAUCCCAGAAGCAGAUAGUAUAUUUCCUUGCAAUCAGAUCCAGGAGAUGGCUCCUACAACCAAGUCUGUAUGCCAGCAAUCUUCAACCACCACCUCGGUUUCUCCCGAGCCAAUGGAGAGCCCCCUUCCUUCUCCCCCACGUCCCAUGUCUCCGAUCAAUACGGUGUAUCCAAACCUCCUCGCUACCGAAUUUAAAGAUACGGUAACCCCAACUAGGGGCACUAGCACAUCUACUGCUACCCUAGAUACUAUUGUCACAACUACUCCUGUUGUCGGAGUGAAUAACCAUAUGGGUUCUGUGCCAAUCAUUCCGGCAGCUUGUGAGUUAGCUCGUGCUGAUUCUGGUUCUAGUCUCGAACUUUCUCAACAUGGCUCGUUAACCUACCAGUCUAGCUAUCCUUCCAGCGAAGGUGAGUACCGCCGCGUAGACUUUGCUACGACUAUGGUGACAGUAGCUGCAGGAGCCGCAGAUGCGACCACUGCUUCAACCACACCUAUGAUGAUGACUAUAGCACCAUCCGAGCUGGAGUCUAGUAGUCCUAUAUUCUCACGCCGCUUGCAGCUUCCUGAGGAAAUUAGACACGAAGUUGAGUCGGCUUGGUCUUUAGGCCAGCCAUUAGUGUCGCCACAGCCCUCUGCUUAUCUUCAGCAGCAGCAGCAACUAUGCCAACACGUACAUCAGCAUCGACGCACUCCACCACCCUCGCUGUCGUCAUCGCAUCAGCUGCAGCUACACUUGCACCGGACACUUUCAAGGCAAUUCACUCCAUCCAAUAGCACCUCAGCCUCUUCCUCCCCACUCUCUGCUUCUCGUUCUGUAUCCGCUUCAGCCUCAGGCCCCGCCUCUGCUUCGUCUUCUUCACUCUCAUUGGCGGGGAUCACGGCCUCUGGACAACUCGGAUUGACCGACUCAUCACUCUGUCUAACUUCUCGCAUUCUCCAAACGCAGAAGCUAUUAUCAACACAGUCACCACCUACGCUUACUUCAGCCCAAGUAACCAUUUCUCAUUCGCCCAUGUCGCUCAUGCCGACAUCGUCAAACUCACAAAUUCCACUUCAUCAGCAAAAUCAACAUUACCAACAAUCUUCUCUAGCACAUAAUCAACAACAGGGUUUAGCCGCUCCUAACGUCUUCGGUGGCCAAGCCAAAUUGGCUUCCGGGGCUACGGUGCCACCUGGGGCACAGCAUCUCUCUUUAGCCCCGUUGGCCCCAGUUGUUUUAUCUUCAGCCUGCACUCUUCCACAACUCAAUAUCACGUCGCCUUUGGCUGGCCAGACUCAAAUGACCUCAAUAGAUGGCUCCUUCAUCGAUAGUGGAUCAGGCGUUAUUCUUCGCUCGAAGACCGUCAGCAGUUUAACUAGUCAGCAAGAGCCUACUAAAUCAUCAUUGUCGCAGCCUUCGGGACCAUCCCCGCUUGUAAUUUCGAAGGGUCCCAGAGGCUAUGGUUUUACGAUACGUGCUAUCCGCGUGUUUUACGGUAACUCUAAUGCAUAUACUCUGCAUCAUCUCAUUGUGGACGUUGACCCCACCGGCCCUGCAUUUCGAGCCGGGCUCCGUGAGGGCGACCUUAUCACUCGGGUGAAUGGAACUGAGAUUGCAGUGAACCUUUAG